CUCGGUUGCUGUUUUGUUGAGGUGACAAACCCAGGGGCUGGCUGGUGGGACCAGCCACCUCGUCACCUCAGUGACCCAGCCUAACGCCUGUUGAAACCACCGGAGGAGCUGAAUUAGCACGGAAUUAUUGCCGGGUGCACAGAAGGAACGAAACAGAGCAUCAGCUUUUCCAGUUCAGCUUUUCCAGAUAUGAGAAAUGAGUGUUGGACGCAGAAGAUUAAAGCUGCUGGGAAUUCUGAUGAUGGUAAACAUUUUUAUCUAUGUGAUUGUGGAAGUCUCCAAAAGCGGCAGCCAAGAGAAGAAUGCAAAAGGCCGUGUUAUUAUACCACGCAGCAAAUUCUGGAGGAAGUACACUCCUCACAAAGCUUAUUGGAACAAGCAGCAACAGAAGCUCGAACUGCUGUACAACCCGAUUCUGACUUUGCUUUCCAAUAUGACUGUGGAAGAGAACUUAAUUUCUAAUGCAAGUGUUCUCAGUUCCUGUGACCCUGACCCGUGGGUGACUUCAGAGGUUAGUGACUUUGCGAACUUGCCAGACAGAUUCAAAGACUUCCUGCUCUAUUUGAGAUGUAGAAAUUACUCGUUACUAAUGGAUCAGCCAAACAAGUGCAAACAUAAACCUUUCCUGCUGCUGGCUAUUAAGUCACUUAUACCACACUUUGAUAGAAGGCAAGCAAUUAGGGAAUCCUGGGGCAAGGAAAUAGAAUCAGGAGAUAUAACAGUCAAAAGGGUCUUCCUCCUUGGGCAGACCCCACCAGAGGAUAAUUUUCCAGACCUUUCAGACAUGAUAAAAUUUGAGAGUGAAACCCACCAAGACAUUCUGCUCUGGAACUACAGAGACACUUUCUUCAACUUAACUCUGAAAGAGGUGCUGUUUCUCAAGUGGGUCAGCAGCAGUUGCGCAGAUGUCCAGUUUAUUUUUAAGGGCGAUGACGAUGUUUUUGUGAACACCCAUCAGAUCCUGGAUUACUUGAAGAGCUUAUCAAAGGACAAAGCCAAAGACUUAUUCAUAGGUGAUGUGAUCAAAGAUGCUGGACCUCACAGGGAAAAGAAACUGAAGUACUACAUCCCAGAAAGCGUUUAUGAAGGUUCGUAUCCUCCGUAUGCAGGAGGCGGUGGGUUUCUGUACUCUGGUGAUCUGGCAUUAAGACUGAAUAAUGCGUCCGACCAGGUACUCCUGUAUCCUAUUGAUGACGUUUAUACUGGAAUGUGCCUUCAGAAGCUUGGGCUGGCUCCAGAAAAACACAAAGGUUUCAAAACAUUCGACAUUGAAGAGAAAUACAGAAAUAACAUAUGUUCCUACACAAACUUAAUGUUAGUGCAUAGUAGAAAACCUCAAGAAAUGAUUAAGAUUUGGACACGCUUGCAAGAUCCACACUUAAAUUGCUAAAGUAAUGUGCGUAAGUGUCUUGAAUACAAAUAAUUUUCAAAGUUCAGCUUGGUGAACCAUUGAAGCUCUGUUUAAUAGUUCUUUUCAAAUUUUCUCUGGAAAUUACUUCCUGUACAUUUGAAAGUGACAAUAAUACUAAAAUUGGAGGGGAUGGCACCAAGACUUGGUCCUGAUUUUCCACUGUCCUGGUGGUCAUUAUGUCUCAGUAUCUAUCUAAAUUUUAAAAAGGACUUGAAGGAUGUGGCUUGCUGUCAGUGAUUGGUUACCUGUAUUGGAAGCAGUGAUUGCAUCGUAUGGAGCAUCUUUCAUUAAUUGUGAUGGUGGAAGACAACUUUUUUUUCCUGGGUAGUGUUUGUGAGGGGCUGUGUGGAAACCACUGUAAAUUAACAACUCGCAAAUUGGGGGAAUGUAGUUUUGCUUUAAGUAUGAAACACAAGACUUAUUUUUUUUAACUUACAGUUUUCAGUCUUUAUGCACCCCAAGCAGUAUUUCCUCCUUUUGUGCAAAGUGUGCCUGUGUCUGAAGGAUUUACCCUUUUAUUAGAUGAGGUGUUUUAUUGAUGUUUUGUAUUUUUUUUAACGUGAAAAGAGCGUAAUGUGGUUUCAAACACCCCAUAAAAGAGCUGAACAUAUAAGGGAAAGGCAGAACUGAUUUUGUUUGGGGCUGGGCAGUAGGCACAAUUCUGCUGUUGCCUACCCUGAGCUUUACACGUAAGGUAAAGCUGACUUGUAACUCACGGUAUUUAUGUGAAAAGCUACGCUGGUCAGUCCUUGUUUUCUGUUUUGGCACUAAAAGUGAUCAGGUAGCUGAUUUGAUAAAAAUAACUGAAAUUGCACAUUGCUUGUGAGAGCACGGUUUGGAUCUCCUGUAAAGCAGUAGCGAGUCUAGGAUUGUGCGGUUCCUGAGAGGUUUGGAUUUUGAAACCAACUUUGAAGUUGCAUGAUGUCUCAUCUAGAGUUAAACAUGUUCUCAAAGCUCAGAUUUUCUUCUGUAUUUCCACAUCUUGCUUAUAAGAGCUAUUCUAAAUAGUGAUUGCUUCCUUUGUAUAUGUAGAAGUGCCUGUCUAUUUAUUGUUCAGAUGGAAGACCAAAACAUUUUCUUAAAUAUAUUUUGUGUAACAUUUUAUUUGUAUAGUGUUGUCACUCAGAUAUUUAAAUAGAGCAUGAUAUUUUAAACCUGUGAGAUGUGUAACAUGUUAAAUAAAGCUAAUUGUUAUUUUUGAAUUUGAAAAAUAAAAUGUGAUUUAAAUA